AUGAUAGCAAAAACAUCGCACUCCACAGGUAUAGGUAUAUAAUAUAUUGCGCGUCGCGAAGUUUCAAGAGUAGCGGUGCAUCCUUGAACGUUGUGAGCCUGUGAUCGGUCACAAAAUUGAUGAAUUAUAUUAUUUAUAAAUAUUGUUGUUAUGUUAUUCAGUGUUAUAGUGGAAUGAAUACAACAAGAUACUUUUUAUGUAAUAAAUCAUACUUACCAAGAUAAAAUUCCUUCAGUUUUAUUUAAAGGAAUAAACGAUGUUGCAAUUAAUGCUAGUCUUGGCCGCUUUGGCUGUAUUCUUCUAUUACUUCGCUGUCAAACCAAUGAGUUACUGGAAGGAAAGAGGAAUAAAACAGACAAAACCUGUAUGGUUACUUGGUGAUAAUUGGGGAACUGUCCUAAAGAUGCAUAGUUUAGUAGAUUUUAUCCAAUAUGUCUAUGACCAAGUUCCGGAUGUAAGAUAUUUUGGAUGCUACCAGAUGGUUACACCUACUCUUGUCAUACGAGACCCAGAACUCAUCAAAAAUAUUGCCGUUAAAGACUUUGAUCACUUUAUGGACCAUAGACAAAUGAUCCCUCCAAAUGCUGAUCCUCUAUUUGGAAAAAAUCUAUUUGCAUUAAAAGGUCAAAUAUGGCGAGAUACGAGACCGAUUCUGAGUCCAACCUUUACCAGCAGCAAAAUGCGAGCCAUGUUCAUUCUGAUGAGCGAAUGCGGCGAUAACUUCGUCAAGUAUUUUCUGAACAAAAAUGAAGAGACCACCGAACUGGAAAUGAAGGAUACUUUUAGACGAUUCACGAACGAUGUUAUUGCUACGACUGCUUUUGGCGUUAAAACAGAUUCUUUGAAGGACAGAGAUAAUGAAUUCUUUGCUAUGGGAACGAGAGCUGUAGAUUUUGGGUUCUGGCGAAGUCUCAAGUUUUUUGGCUACUUUCUUAUACCGAAAAUUUUAGCAUUUUUCAAAGUUACAAUUUUUGGCAAAGAAUUAAGUGACUUCUUUAUAGAACUAAUUGAUAAAACAGUCAAAACUAGAGAAGAGAAAAAUAUUGUUCGUCCUGACAUGAUACACUUACUAAUGGAGGCUAAAAAAGGAGUUCAACAAAAAGAUGAGAAGGUUAUAGAUACUGGAUUUGCAGUAGUAGAAGAAGCAGAUUUAGGAAAUGGUAAAGGUGCCAGAGAAAUUACCAAUAUAGAUAUAGCUGCUCACGCUAUGGUCUUCUUCUUCGCCGGUUUUGAUGCCGUGUCUUCCUUAAUGUGCUUUGUAACCUACGAAUUAGCAGUAAACCCUGAUGUCCAAGAUAAGUUGAGAGAAGAAGUCGAAGAAACGUUGAGAGAUUGUAAUGGCAAGCUGACAUACGAAGCUUUGUUGAAAAUGAAGUACUUGGAUAUGGUUGUUUCAGAAACCUUACGGAAAUGGCCAAUCGGUGCAAUGGCUGACAGAAUAUGUACCAAACCUUACACCAUCCCAGCCGCAACACCAGAAGAAAAGCCACUUCAUCUUGAAAAGAACACAGUUAUUCUCUUUCCCGUAUGGGCGAUACAAAGAGAUCCGGCAUUCUACGAAAACCCAAUGAAGUUCGACCCUGAAAGAUUCAACGACGAAAAUAAGUCAAAAAUCGACCCCUACACGUAUCUUCCAUUCGGUAUUGGUCCUAGAAACUGUAUAGGAUCUCGAUUUGCUCUAUUAGAAGCAAAAGUGGUGAUAUUUCAUCUCUUGUCCAAUUUUAUAAUCGAACCUUCGGCAAAACUUACAGUACCACUGAAACUUUCUAGGAAGCAAAUCAAUGUAACAGCUGAGGGUGGUUUCUGGUUUAAUUUAAAGAAGGUGAAGAAAUAAAACGUACCGAGAGGUAUAUAUGGUCCUACAAUAUAAACUGAGUUGCGUGUUUCAGCAGCUACUAAAUUGCUCUUUGUGAUCUUCACACUUCUGCGUGUGCCCUACAAAAAAUUCGUUUACUAAAUUUUUUUAUCUGACAUCACCGCUGCUUUUCAAAUAAUCAGAGCUACUUGUAUUCAAAAAUGAAACUUUCUCCUAAAUAAAUAUAUAAUACUCAUUAUUAAUUAUUUAAUAAUUAGGUACAUAAGUUUUCUAGGUGCACUUACUAUAUUUUUACUUUCUGUGAAGAUGGUCUUUUAAAGUCCACAUAUCACAUACAUUACAUACAGGAAAUUUAUUUAAAUGUUAAGUAAGCUGUAAGUUUAGGUUAAGGUAAAUGUAAUGACGUUUAAUGUAAAUGUUAUGAUUGUAUAAUAGUUAAGAACACUUAUUGUUGUUAUUACGACUUUUUGCAUUUAUAAAUUAGAAUAAAAAAUAUUUUAC